AUGGGUUCUUCUCAAAAUGCUCAAGAUGAGAUCAUAGAGCACUCCAUAGAUCAUCUCCUAAAGAGUUUGAACCGAAGAAAGAAAUGGCGGUUCUUCUUCCUCGACUCAACUCACCCGAAUCAGGAUCUCGACACUCACUACUCUUCUUGGAGGACCCAUUUAAUCAAAUUUCUCGAUUCAUCCCUAAUUCGUCUACUCACAAUAUUCAUCCUUCUAUGUGAUAUUAUCCUAACUGUUCUUGAACUCUCUUCCACCUUAUUAUCUUGUUCAAUGGGAACCAAAGUUGGUGAAUUAGAAGGGUGGUACCAUUGGGCUAGUAUUUCAUUAUUGGGUCUACUUUGUGUGAGGUCCAUGGGACUAGCGGUUGGGCUCGGAGGUUCGUUUUUCAGACGGCCUGGCUAUAUUGUAGACGGGGUGGUUACUCUGGUUGCUUUGGCGUUGGAAUUUUUUUUUGAAAGGAAGGGAGGAGGGCUUCUUGUGACGGUUAGCUUGUGGAGGGUGUUUAGGAUAGUUGAGAGCGCAUUUGAGAUUAGCGAUGAGGCGAUAGAAGCACAGAUUGGAGUUAUAAUGAGCCAAUUUGAGGUGCUGAAAAAUGAGAAUAUGAAAUUGAUGGAGGGUUUGGUUGACAAAGAUAAAAUCAUACAAGAAUUACAAGAACAAUUUGGGAUUUUAUCUUGAAUUAAUUAGACAUGUUAUCUAUAUAUAAU